GCCUCCAACCCUCUAAAGCCAGAGGAACACAAAAACUUCCUUCUCUUCCUCUCUUCUCUUCUAAAAAGGUUCUUCUCAGUUUUCUGUUUCUAGAAUCUUCUAAGCUUCUUCUGUUUCCCAACUAACUGAGUAGCAAGCCAUGGAAACGAGUCCCGGCCGUACGAUUAAGCUCCUCUGCAGCUACGGCGGCAAGAUCCUCCCACGCGCUACCGACGGCGAGCUCCGUUACAUCGGUGGCCACACCAGAGUCCUCACCGUGGACCGUUCCAUUUGCUUCUCAGACUUGUUGGUAAAGCUAGGAGAGUUGUGCGGUUCGUCUGUGACGUUACGGUGUCAAUUGCCGAACGGAGACUUAGAAACCUUGAUCUCCGUCACCAACGACGAAGAUCUGACGCACAUAAUUGAAGAAUAUGACCGCGCUUCGUCGAAACUACCUCAUCCGUUGAAGAUCAGAGCCGUGCUGUUUCCGCCAAAAUCGUCGAGGAAGGUUUCUCCGGCGACGUCGUCUCCGUCGUUGUCUUCCUCUGCUUCAUCCAGCGCCAGCCACUCGCCAGCAAGAUCUCCGUACACAUCCGCGGAAUCGCUGCCGCAUGCGGCGGCGUAUCGCGUCGUCCGCCAAAGCCGUCCUGUCCCGAUCCGUAACGGAUCGGCGAAAGCGUGUUGCUACAACGGCCAGCUAGAAGGAAGCCCUAGGUUUCUUUAUUACGGACCUCGCUUCAGUAAUUAUUGCCAUUGAAGCGGAAUCUUUAGAGUUAUGCACAGUAAAUACAAGGAUUAAGGAACAAAAUCCAAAUACGAACCUGAUUCUUCCAUAUAUAUGACGAUGAUGAUGAAAAAUACCAAAGGACUCGAGAAAAAUUAGGGGAAAAAUGAAUGAAAAGAGGAAAAUAUAGAGAGAUGAGUUAAGAAGAAUUUUAUUUAGUUUGAAGUUUGAUAAAAUUUUGGAUCUGGUUGAGGUUCUAAUUUUUAAAACGAGCUUCAGUUCUUUU